AUGAACUCUCCUAAUAAACUUAUCGAUAUAGAUAGCCCAUCAACCAACCCCUUUCAUUCAUCACAGCCAGAAGAUAAUGUUUUAAAUUCAAUCAACGCUAUUUCUGAACUAAGAUUACCAGCAUUUGGUGUCAACAACCCUAGAAUUUGGUUUGCUCAAGUAGAGGCACUAUUUUUGGCGAGAGGUAUACGUUCACAAGCGACUAAAUAUGCCCACGUCGUCGGUGCACUACCUAUUGAAGUAGCAACGGAAGUUGGCGACCUUAUUGACAACGUACCAGAAACUGACCCUUAUGACAAGAUAAAAGCUGCAGUAAUCCAACGCACAUCACUGUCAGACGAAAAACGUUUACAACAACUGCUUACCUCGUGUGAGCUAGGGGAUAAGAGACCUUCACAGUUACUCCGACACAUGCGACAGCUCGCCGGCCCCUACAAAUUAGACGAGACGCUGCUUAAACAAAUGUGGUUACAAAGGUUACCACAUAAUGUCAGACAAAUUCUCAGUAUUUCAGGAACUUCUGUCACUCUUGACGAUUUAGCUGAUAUGGCUGAUAAGAUGAUGGAAAUAUAUCCCGAUAGUCGGGGAAUUAACGCGGUACAACCAUCUUGUAAAGACGCUAUGAACCCUCCUCUUGACAUUCAGCAACAAAUGUCACACUUAACACGGCAGCUAGCAUCACUACAGGCGACUAUUGCCACCAUCCUUUCUCGACGCCCCAGAUCUAUGUCCAGAAGGAGAUCAUUAUCCAGACAUCGUCAUAGGUCACCUAAGCGUGCAGCUGGAAUGUGUUGGUAUCAUUCGAAUUAUGGCGAGAAAGCACGUCGUUGCACAAAACCGUGCAACUUCACGGCAAGCAAGCCAGACCAUCAGGGAAACUAA